AUGAGGCGAUGGAAAAUUAAAUCGCAAAUAUUAAUUUUACAAAUUAUUGCAAAUUUGCUGGUGGCUGCUCUGGUAACUGGGUAUUUGUUAUUUGUUCAAAAUUUAUUAAUCAUAUAACAAGAAUAAGAUUAAAGGAAAAUGCUUUUAUCCAAUAUUGAAAUUCUUACAACAGAGGCUUUGAGAUAUUAUGCUAGAAGCAUAGAAUAAGUAAAUUAUCAAAGCCAAUAAUCAAUAAGAUCAAUUCAAGAAAUUUAUUUGUUUAUGAAAAAGUAUAACAUCUACUCAUUAGAAAACAGCGGAAUUUGUGAAUGUUUUAAAAAAGAAACCAAUUAAUUUUGCUAUUUAGUGCCUAACUAAUCGAGUUAAACUAAUAUUAGCGAAUAUUUUACAUUGACAAAUGUGUUGGACUCUUUGAAACAUUAAAUACCAGUUGAAAAACUAUAUUUUGUUUCUAGUCAAGAGGAUUAAUAUUUUUCAAUUUAUCCAACAUUUAUAUUAAAAAAUUAUUAUCCUCAUUCUAGACCUUGGUAUUAGAACCAUUAACUUAAAUAAAAUGCAAGUUUGUAUGUAUUAAGCGAUCCUUAUAUUUCAAUGUUUAGUGGAGUUAUGUUUACUGAAACUGCUACCAUGAAGGAUUAGGACCAUAUUUAAAAAGGAGUUAUUGGGCAUGAUUUCAAUAUGAGCUCUUUUUCUGUCUUUAACUUUUAAAUAGAUGGAAUCAAAAUAUCAUUAAUUGAUAUGGCUGGAAGACUCCUAAUCAGUUCUUAUUAUAAGAAUUUCUCUUUAGACUUUAAAUUUAUCUAAAAUCAAAGUUUAACAGGUUUAAAUGAAACUAACUUUCAGGAUAUAUUAAAAUAUACAAUUUUAAAUGAUUUCUAAACUUAGUGUUUACCUGAACUAAAACAAACACUUUGCAUUAAAAUAAAUGAAACAUCCCAUCAACUCAUAAGAACAUAAUAAAUAAAAUCUUAAAUACUUAUUUUAUAAAUUGAAGAAAACGUUUAUCAAUAAAAAUUGGAUUAACUUAUUAGUUAGAUGCAAACUAGAGUAUCUCAAUAGUUACUUUAUCAAUUAUAUUAUUGUAUAGGAUCAGUAUUAUCAUUACUAGUAAUGAAUUAUAUAGCAUAAAGUUGUAUAUCUCGACCAUUAAAGCGCCUAAAAUAACUAGUAGAUUAGAAAUAGCAUUAUGGUAAAGUAAGUAAAAUCUUUUUGAAAAAUAGAAAAAUUAAAAGUAUUAAUUGGAUUGACUAACUUGAACAUAAAAUUAAUGAAAUAUAUUAAUUCGAAAAUUUAAGAAAAAAAAAUAAUGAAGAGCUAUUAUAAAUUUAAGAAGUUCAAUAUCCAAUAAAAAUAUGGAUGUACCCUCAAACAAACCACCUAAUAUAACUAUUGCCUAAUCAUGUUUAACAGCGUUAGGUUUCGAAUUUAAAUUUAGUAUUUAAACCUAAUCAUCCCCUUUAUAAUAGAUCAAAUUAAUGA